ACUUGAUACAAACAUUUAAAGAUCAUCGUGUUAACAAGGAAAGUCUUUACCUUCUGACUGAGAAACACAUUGAUAAAUUGAUCUCGAUAGUUGGAGAACAGGCAUUAUUCACUCAAGAUGACAAAGGUUUCUCCCCACAGAAAUAAAGGAAAAAGAAAGACGUUGCCUGAGGAGGAGACCGACCAACCUGGACCAAUGAAACGACAUCGUGAAACCACAGCAGCAGAAGUUACACUGUCUGAAGUGAAAGAGAUCAUGAAGAGGGUUGAGGAUGGACUACCUAAAACAGAGCUCAAUGAUUUUCUAUGUGAAAAAAUCCAUGAUUUGGAGACAGAGAAGAAGGAGCUGGUUGGUGUCUUUGGUGAAACAGGACAUGGGAAGAGCUCCUUGAUAAACGCCCUCAUUGGAAAGAAUCUCUUGCCCUCAGGAGAUUUAAAUGCUUGCACAACAGUCAUCAUUAAGGUGGAAGCUAACAUGAAGAAUGAGAAGUAUGAGGCGGAGAUUGAAUUCAUCUCUAAAGAGGAUUUGGAGGAUGAAUUGCAGGGUCUAAAAAGAGUCGCCCUUGAGGACACAGAUGAUGAAGAGGAAAAUGAUGACGAUGGUGGUGACAGUGGCAACUCUUAUGAUAAUGUCAAUGAUGAGGAUGUUUAUGAAGAUGCUGUUGAAGUGCUGUCAGCACUGUAUGGAGAAAGAUGGGAAGACAUCUGUGACAAUGAUGAUCUCAUGAAUAGGAGACAUUUUCAAGAAGUUCCAGAAUUUCUUAAGUCUGGGAAGAAGACUUUGGCAUUUGACUCACCUGAAAUGCUCUCCGAAGAACUCGUCAAGUACACACGAAGUGCCCCAGUCGUCUCAGAGGGUGAGGAGACUAGGAGGUGGUUUUGGCCCCUGGUGAAGUGUGUGACUAUCAGGGUGCCAAACAAUGACUUCCUCCAGCAUGUCACACUUGUGGAUCUACCUGGAGCUGGGGACCGCAACAAGAGACGAGAUAAUAUGUGGAAAGAGGUUGUUGGUAACUGUUCCACUGUGUGGGUUGUGGCUGAAAUGAACAGAGCAUUAUCAAAGAAAGAGCCAUGGGAGAUUCUGGAAAAUGCCAGAAGUGAUAUGGGAAAUGGUGGCCAGUGUCAGCGCAUUCACUUUAUCUGCACCAAGUCUGAUGAUGUCGCAAAGCCAAAAGACCAGUCAGAAGCUGAUGUUUGCUCUGCCAUAUUAGCCAGGAACAAGAAAGCUAAGGAAGCAGUGAUGAUAAAGUUCAGGAAACGAAACACCAUUUGGAAACAUUUCAGUGGUGAAUGUUUCAAAGUGUUCACAGUGAGCUCCAGAGAGUUUCAGGAGGGAAAAUUGUUAGAUCCUGAAGACACUGAGGUCCCAAAACUUCUGGACUUUUUGCAAAACCUCAGAGACUGUCAAUCAGAGACACUGAACUAUGUGUCAGGAGCCAAAGGAAUUCUGUCCUUAAUUCAAGGGGCCCGCUGUGGAGACGUGAUCAAAGAAGAUGUGCGUACAGUCCUUGAAAGAAAUGUGGAGGAUGGACUUGGGAAGGUGUCAGAGCAGAUUCAAAACACCAUAACUGCCUUUCAGAGCUGCCUCAACAAUGGAGUCGAGAAAUCCAAAAGUUCUUGUGAUCGUACCUUGAAGUCCUUCCUAUAUCCUUCGGGGAAAGGAAAAGGAAGCGCUUUUCACAAGACACUGAGGUGUGUUGUUGCAAACAACGGUGUCUACAAAACAACAAAAGGGAAACAUCUAAACUUCAAUGAGAAAUUAACUGCAAAGCUGAAGGAGAGCAUUGAUGAGGAAUUCAGGAAGACAUUUCGAAAUGAAUCAAAACAAGAACCAUUCAAUGGGGCCAUCAGUAGCUUUAAAGUCAUCACAGAGGCAUUCUUUGAGAAGUACAAAGAUGCAACAAUGCGACUGCGACUGGAAUAUCUCAGGACAGAGGAAAUCAAAAUCAAGACACAACUCCACAAAGACAUCCGGGAGAGCAAGAAAAAAAUUUACAACAGCCUGACGGAAACAGUUGAGGAAAAAAUGUUGCCAUGCUAUCAAGAUGCACAACAAUGUGAAGGAAGAGGAUCACUGAAAAACAUGAGGAACAUAAUUGAGAGACAUGUUGAUGCUAACAAGAGCAACAUUUUCAAAGAAGCAUCAGAUAAGAUGUUGGGAGAUCUGCAAAUCCUGGUGGAGCACAUCCUGAAGAAACUGAAAGAAGACAUGCAGAAGGCAAUUGAGUAUUCACUCACGACUGAUUCUCAAUCACUUCCAGAUGUUGAAGAGGACCUUAAGAAAGUGACUGAAUACUAUGAAAAACUGAAGAACACCACUGAAGGAACAUCAGCAGCAAGGGCUGAUCAACCCGGUCCAUCAACUGCAUGAGUUCGCUAGAUGAAUAGCAGAACAGCUGUGGUCUGUUUUACCACUGAGGAUCCCACUGGGCACAGCGAUCCAAACUUUAGGCCUCUGAAUUUAAUCAUCAGGUUGUUAUUUCUUCUCCUUCAGCGUUGUUUCUAUAUGUAACUGAGUUUGAUACUGUGGGUUUUAUACAAAGAUGUUACUUUAGUGACACUUUUGGACAGUUGGAUGGCAGUAAUAGUUUGAGGGAGAGAGUUCUUACCGGGGAUGUUGUGGUGUUCAUAUUUGGGGUUUUUACUUUUAUCUCAGCUCUACAUUAUCAUCUUACAUGAUUCAGCAGUUUUCUAAUUCUUCAGCAUGUUUUAACGUUCUGUGAUUGUUUUAUUUUAUGAGUGUGGUAAAGGGUGAUUUUAGAUGUAAGCAUCGCAGUUUCACUGAAAUUAAACAUGUAAUGAAAUCUUAAACCUUAAAGUCAAAACUCUUAAUUUGAUCUGACUUGGAUUUAAUACUUUUAAGUGGCUGAUAUUGAUCUGUUUUUCUACAAUGAUUAAGACCAAAUUUGUUGUUUUCUGUGUUAGUAGCUUUACCUGUGUGAUAAUAUAACAAAUAGAAGUUUGUAUUAACAGACCAACUUAGAUGAUUUGUACUGUUUUAUUUUUAUCCUUCACUGAUUUAAAUGUGCUUUGGUAUAUCAUUCAUUAAAAUUUCAUUAAACAAG